ACGUCACGUCUGGAGGCUGGCUGCUCGCGCUGCUGACACCGUUCACCUCCAGCGGAGAAACUUUCCUGGAGUUCUCAGCUCCUCUGACCGCGGAGCGACUCACUCACUGUCCGGAGGAAGCCGCGGCAGCUCGGACACCCUGCGAGCCACAGGAGGACACAGAGCGGAGCCUCAUUCACUUCUCCCCGCGAGGAGCGUUUUUACGAGACAUGCCCUCUUUUAUUUGACACUUUUGACAGUGAAACCGACGCUUUUCUUUGGUUAAAGUUAGCUUAUUUAGGUUGGAGGUCGAUACCUACAUGAAUAUGCUCAGGAAUACACAGGCUUUUGUUACUUUUAAGAAGUGAGAGAUUUUUUUAAAGGAGCCGAAAUUAACCUGGAUAGCCCCCUCCCUCACUCCCUGCCUCCCAAACUCCACUCACUGCUCGGUGUCGAUAUGUCUUGGAUUAACCGGGCCCUCUUAUUUGCCUUCGGUGUGUUGCUGUGUGUGUCAGCGGAGCAGCAGCAGGGCCAGAGCGGCUUCAGGAGGCUGUACGUACUGCAGCCCGGGCCGGGGCCGCGGCCGGGUUCGGCCGGAGGGGACGGCGGGGUGCGGGUCAGCUCCAUCUCGACGCGUCAUGGCGCGGCGGGGCAACCGCACAAGUACAACGUGGAGCUCACCGCCAACUUCGGCGGCCAGGUCCGGACCCGCAGGAUGGGGAACCAGGCGGCUCCGGUGCCCCAGUUCAGCCCGCCGCUGCCAUCAGUGGUCCGGCAGAGCGGCCAGGAGCAGAGCCAGCAGCGGCAGGUUAUGAAGCUGCCCGGGGUGAACGUCUGUGGAGGGCAGUGCUGUCAUGGAUGGACCAAAACUCAGGUGUCGCAGCGGUGCACGAAGCCCAACUGCUUCCCUCAGUGCCAGAAUGGAGGAAUGUGCCUCAGGCCUCAGCUCUGUGUCUGUAAGCCUGGCUCGAAAGGGAAGGCAUGUGAACAGAAGACGGUGUCCACACACCCUUUUCCAGCGCCGCCUGGGAAUGAACCUACCAAUGGGCACAACACUGGUCACACAAAUGGACACACCACCGGUCACACUAAUGGACACAGUGUAAUACCCCAGCGGCCCAUACCUCAGCAAGUGCAUCCCAGUGGGUACGCUUCUGCCCCCCCACCAGCUAGCAACAUGGCUCAGAUGAAACUAACCGUCAAGCCCUACCCUCAGCUUGUGCGACCACAUUAUGUGCAACAACACAUCCAACAGCACAUCCGGUCCAUGCCCAUGCACCCAGUUCAGAGCCAGCAGUAUGUUAUAAAGCCCAAAUACUACCACACACGCACUACACACACACAGACACAUGUUCAGUCCCAACCAGAGAGACCAAUCCCCCUAAGAGUCGGACACAACCCCUACCACGUGGGCAACCAUACGGGAAGGAUCAAGGUGGUCUUCACACCCACCAUCUGCAAGUUAACCUGCAUUGGAGGCAGGUGUCACAACAACUGUGAGCUGGGAAACACCACUACCAUCAUCAGUGAGAAUGGCCAUGCCACAGACACCCUGACAGCACCCAACUUCAGAGUAGUGGUUUGUCACCUUCCAUGUAUAAAUGGUGGAAAGUGCAGCACUAGGGACAAGUGUCAGUGUCCUCCCAACUUUACUGGAAAGUUCUGCCAGAUGCCGGUUCAGAAUGGACACCACCAGCAGCAGGCAGGCGGCUACAGACAAACUCAGGUCCACUCCACACACACGCUGCCACUGACCUACAGCAACAGCCAGAGUAACGUGUUCAAUCCCAGUAUCGUCAACAUCCAUAUCAAACAUCCUCCAGAGGCCUCUGUCCAGGUUCACCAGGUGUCCCAGCUGGACAAUUUCCACAACAACGGCCACCAGCUGAAAGGUUCCCAGUCAGGCUCCUCUUCAUCUACCAGCUACACCUACCACCACACAGACAGCAGCCAGAAGAUCCAGCACCACGGAUAUAACUUAGUCUAUCCGGGCCAGCACGGCUACCAGGUCCCUCAGUACCAGCCUGUUACCUCCAAGAACACACUGGGCCGCUGCUACCAGGAGACUGCAGGCAGUCAGUGUGGGAAGGCUCUGCCAGGUCUCACUAAGCAGGAGCAGUGCUGUGGAACCAUUGGAACAUCCUGGGGUUUCAACAAAUGCCAGAAGUGUCCAAAGAAACCAUCUAUCCCUCUGAUAGAUUGUCCUCGGGGCUACAAGAGAAUCAACAGCUCUCAUUGCCAAGAUUUGGAUGAGUGCCAGCUACAGGGUGCGUGUCCCAAUGGAAACUGUCUGAACACCGUGGGCAGCUACAGGUGUAUGUGUAAACCUGGCUAUGUCCCGGACCCAACACUCACCACUUGCAUACCCGACACUCCUGCCAUCCAAGAGGAGAAGGGGGCUUGCUUCCGUUUGGUCAGCUCAGGGAGACAGUGUUUGCACCCAGUUUCUGCCCAGCUGAGUAAACAGCUCUGCUGCUGCAGUGUGGGCAAAGCCUGGGGCCCUCACUGUGACAAAUGCCCCCCUCCAGGAACAGCUAAGUUCAAAGAGAUCUGUCCUGGUGGAAUGGGCUACACUGUUCUACCAAAUCCACCUGUCAAUAAGCCGGUCACUGUUUACCAGCAGCCCAUUGACCUGCAACCCCCCCAGCCCCUGCCAACGCCAGGGAGAACGGUGGAGGCUUUUGGGAAACCAGAGGAGAUGAUACCAGUAGCAACAACUGCACCAGAUCAGGAGCUGAUAGUUCCUGUGUUUAGUGAUAGGCCAGUAGUUGAACCUAUCCAGCCCCAGCUAUCUCCAGGGGUGUCCACUGUGAAGAUGGAGGCAGCCUACCCAGAGGUGGUCGAGAGGAGUUCUCCACCUGCACCAGUGGAGAUCCUCCCAUCUAACGCAGGCCAGGACAUCGCCCCCACCCAGUCAACUGAGGUGGAUGAGUGUCAGAUCAACCCUUACAUUUGUGGCCAGGGGAUUUGUUACAACACCGCUGAGGGCUACAUCUGCCACUGUGAGGAAGGAUACCGCCUGGAUGAUGCCCAAACCACCUGUGUCGAUUUAGAUGAGUGUUUGGAAAGCCCAUCUUUGUGCGUUGGCGGUGACUGCAGGAACACAGAGGGCAGUUUCCUGUGUGUGUGUCCAUGGGGAUUCCUGGUUGAUGAAGAGGGAACCAGUUGUGUUGAUAUCGAUGAAUGCAUAAACACAACAGUGUGCCCCUCUGGCAUCUGUUUCAAUGUGCCAGGGAGUUACAACUGUGGCUCUUGUCCUGAUGGCUUCGUGGCACAGGGAGGCCAGUGUGCAGAUAUAGAUGAGUGCCAGGAUCAGCGGGUCUGUACCAGAGGCCACUGUCUGAACACUGAAGGCUCCUUUAUCUGUGAGUGUGGGCCAGGCUUCCGAGUGUCAGCGACUGGAGACGAGUGUGACGAUGUGGAUGAGUGUGUGGAGGAAGCCAGGCCCUGUGAGGCUGUAGGGGAGUGUGUGAACAACAUGGGCUCCUACACCUGUACCUGCCCACGGGGAUACCAGCAGAUCGAUGGUACCAGCUGCAGAGAUGUUGAUGAGUGUAUGGAUGAGCCAGAACUCUGUUCCCCCAACGGCGAGUGUGUCAACACAGAAGGAUCCUAUUUGUGUGUGUGUGAGAGUGGAUUUACUGCCAACCUCGACACACCCUCCUGUGAUGAUAUUGAUGAGUGUGGUCUCAAUGAAACACUAUGUGGCUCUCACGGCUUCUGUGAGAACAGACUGGGCUCCUUCCGAUGCCUCUGUGACCAGGACUACCGGGAGACCGAGGAUGGCCAAGGCUGUGUGGAUUUGAAUGAGUGCGAGCUGCUGAGCAGUGUGUGUGGAGAAGCUCAGUGUGUGAACACUGAUGGUUCCUUCGACUGCAUAUGUCCCAGCGGCCAGAACUAUAACAUCAUGAUCGCCAAGUGUGAGCCUGUUCCGACAGCAUCGUCGGUGGAGCGUAAGGAGUGCUACUAUCAUCUGAAUGAUGAGAACCUGUGUGAGAGUGUGCUGACCAGCCACGUCACCCUGCAGGAGUGCUGCUGCACGCUGGGAGCUGGCUGGGGUGACAACUGUGAGGUACAUCCCUGCCCUGUCAAUGGCACAGACCACUUUAACCAGAUGUGUCCAUAUGGAAGAGGUUCUUUUCCCAGUGCUGACUUGCUGUAUGGAGUACCCACUGCUGACACUUACAAAGAUGCAGAUGAAUGUACACUGUUUGGCCAGGAGGUGUGUAAAGGAGGCUUCUGUCUGGAUACUGUGGGAAGCUAUGAGUGUUACUGCAAGACUGGACAGGACUACGACCCUUCCAAGCUGGAGUGCAGAGACAUCAAUGAGUGUCUGGAUGAGUCUGUGUGUGUUGGUGGACAGUGUAUGAACACAGAUGGCUCAUUCAUGUGUUUCUGUACACAUCCAAUGGUGUUGGACCCCAACAGUAACCAAUGUGUCUUCAUUUCUGAGGUGGCCGAGCAACAUGAGACAGAGCAGAUCGACUACCAGGGGAUCUGCUGGCAGACGGUUACAGAGACCAUGACGUGCACACAGCCGCUGGGUCACAACAGGAAGACCACAUACACAGAGUGCUGCUGUCUGUACGGAGACGCCUGGGGCAUGGACUGUGCCCUGUGUCCCCCGAAGAACACCGGGGAUUAUGCAUCCAUGUGUAACAUACCUCUGGGUGGUGGGCGGCGGCCAUAUGGCCACGAUGCCCUCACUGCUGGCCCAGUCCAUGAAUAUGAAGUGAGGCCAGACUACUCUCCAUCACCUGAGCAGGAGGCUGUCCUGCCCUUCUAUGAGAACCAGGAGCAUCCAUUCAAAGCAUUUGAGGGUUUGCGAGCAGAGGAGUGUGGGAUACUGAAUGGCUGUGAGAAUGGUCGGUGUGUGCGGGUUCAGGAGGGAUACACCUGUGACUGCUUCGAUGGAUACACCUUGGACCUGUCCCGCAUGACCUGCAUUGAUGUGAACGAGUGUUCAGAACUGAACAAUCGGAUGUCGCUGUGUAAAAACGCAAAGUGCAUCAACACAGUGGGCUCCUAUCAGUGUGUCUGUCUGCCAGGGUUCACUGCUUCUGACAAACCCAACUACUGUGUGGAGGUUCCAACACACCACACAUCAACACACACACAGUGAGCAUGGACAGGUGACAAGAGACACAAAACACACGCACAAGCUUGUAUUACUAUACUUGUGAGGACGUCCAAUACAUCCGGUCAGUGCCAAAUCAUGAACACUAACCUCUUAGUUCAACUCCCUGGUUUGGUCAGUGUCCAGCAGCGCUCCCAAAACACGUCAUAGCUCAUCCUCAGCAGUGACCGGGAGGAUUAUUUGAGAUGUGGGGGGUCAUAUACCCAAAUUAGAGAGAGAACCUUUAACUGUUAAAAUCUAUUUAUAAUUUUUGUCCAUCAUCUAAAUCAAACCUUCAAAACUUAAACCUUGUCCCUUGAAUCAACUUCAAAUCUUAUUCCCCAAUUUAAAGAUAAUCUAAAUCCAGAUCUGCCGUUUACCCAUGUCAUUGUCACUAUUUUCCCUCACUCCCUGCCUUUCCCAUCCGUUCUCCAUCACUGUUUUUUAGUCUACCUUUGUUGUAAUAUAUUUAUUAUACUUUUUCAUUUACUAGUUUUCCAAUAAAAUAAAUCCAAAUAUUAUAUAAGCACUUCCAAUGUUAAGGCCUAAUUUUGUAAAAGGCCUGAAAGUAUAAUUUUUUAAGAGAUUUUCAGUGACUGCAUCGCAAAUAAGGUAACUAGCUUCAUCUCCUAUGUCUACCUUGUUUAAGGAAUUAUUUGGCGAUAUUUAGGGAUAUGUUUACUACUCCAGAGAGAUAGAUGAGAGGAUUUCAUAAGAUGCCAUUAGCCUAGCUAUGUGCUUUGGGGAAACACCUGGCAUACCGUCUUUAUGACAACAUUUUUAGAAAUAAAAUCAGUGUAUUUUAACUCUUCCUUAAUGAUGAGUUGUGAUUGACAGAGGACAGAACCUUUAUAUUUUUUUUAACAGUCAGUGUAGAGAACAAGCUGCUGAAAUACAUGUAGAAUAAUAUGUCCUUACAGGACUUGUAGUGUGAGAGCAGCAGCUGCAAAGCUUGGCAUGUGUCUGUACAGAAUGCAGGCACAUUGUUUAGUGUAGGUGCUCAGAGUCACAUUUACCGGUGUAUAGUGAAACACAAGCUGUUUAGAGCCACCACUAACAUGUGUCUCAGGUGCUCCGAUCACGAUUGGACAGCUGUCAACAGGUUUAAAUGCCCGCGAGGGCCAUUGAGCUCCAACCACUCAGACCCCAUUCAGAGUUGGUCUGGGACGCAUGUUGAUACAGUCUCUUAGCAGUGUAAACACAAAUGUGUCCUUGGCCAUAUUGAAGGACAGCCUACUCAGCUGAUAUCCUCUGUGUAAAUGGGAGAACAUACUCAUUUGUGCAUCAAUGAAGUUGACAACAGAAAAAAACACAACAUGCCUCCAUACUGCUUCUGUGUCUAUGAUAACAGCAAUGAGCAAUGAGAGCACCACACAUCUUGGGUGAUGUGGCUUUGCCUGGAACAUGCCAAGGAAUAAACACAGUUUUUAAUGAUUUUUUUCUUUCUUUAUUUAUGGAAGAUAAAAGUCCUGUGGACUAAAAGUGGCUAAACUAGCGGACGUAGCUACAUGAUGGUGUGUCCGAGGGUCAGUGAAUGCACCUGGUAUGAAGAUAUCAGAGGACAUUUAGGCUUAAAACUUGAUGUAAAUGACCUCGUUUGUCAGGGCUUGCGGACACUUGGAUGACACCACACAAGCUGUAUGAAGGCAUGUUGUGUUUUUUCUGUUGUUUUACUACAUCUGAAGUGUAGGUCACCAUUGAUUUCAAUUGUAUUGGAUUCUGCUGCAACACGGUUUACACCUGAGACUCCAGAAGUGUUUUGUGGACUCAAACACUUCACCCACCCCUCCAUCGACAUAGUGGUGACUAAAAUUACUGUAUAUUAUCUUAUCAUCUAAUGAGAAAUGAACAUCCAAAGCGUGAAUACCACAAAAAGGUAAACAGGAUAAACACAGUCCCAUUUGAAGGUGGCAUCAUUCAGCUAAAGUACCGUACAUGCAAUUGACAGCAUUUCUCAUUCGAAUGCAAUUUUUUGUCUGUAAGGCAGUAACAAGGUAAUUUGUUCUACUGCUUUAUGCUAAUGUUUAACAGAUUAAACAUCUUUUUUAAUUGUGUUAGCAUGCAAGCAUCUGCCAAAUAGCAAAUCACAGCUGAGGCUGAUGGAAAAACCAAAGAGUAAUGGACACAUUCUAAUUUCGAAAUGAUAAUAAGGAAAAGUUAGAGGAUCAAACAGUUGCUGUAGUUCAUCCUGACCGGAGCAUUACUUUGAUAGUACUUGAUGGUAAUACAGCCAAUUUCUGAGUUGUUACCCAAAUCCAAAGUAAGUUGGACCAAAACGGUGGAUUUACUUACACUGUCAUUCUUAAGGCCACACCACCAGUGUGGAUAAUAAGCUUGGGAACCGCUACUUUACAGAAGACUAUUAUGCUGCCUGAGUAACUAACCUUCCACUUCCCUACACAUGUAUUUUUUCACUUAAUUCAACAUUUGAUGGAGUCGCUGACAAGCCAUUUAUUAUUAUGUUUAAUCAUGGUGUAUGUGUUUAAAACUGGGAUGUAAAUGCUGAGAUGAAGCUGAAGAACAUUGACAUAGAUCCUUGAGGAGACUGUUGUUCCUUAAAAGUAUAGAAAUACAACAAACACACACACACACACACAAAACACACACACACACACUUACUUAAUCAAAGCCCAUAUAUUCUGCACUGUAUAAAAUACACACUAAAUGAAACAAACAGUAAUUUACUUGAGAUGAAGAUUCAACUUAAUCUACUCUUUGGUGUCAUCGUAUUUUGGUGAUAGAAACACAGAACUGUAUAAAAUGUAUGUUUUGUCUGUUGCUUUUCUAAGUUUAUUUCUUAUUUUGUAAGUGGAGAUUUACGUGUUACACAAGGCCGUAUUGCUCUUUUAACAAAUUGACAAACCCUUUGGACUUGUGCUGGGGGAUCCAGUUUUAUGUUGUACCCAGUCAAACUGAUUGUGGAUAUUUAAUUCUGUGAAGAGGUCAGCUGUUUGCUCCUCCUCUUCCUCCUUCGCCCUCUGUCUGCCAUUAAGAAAAGCCUGUUACCACACUACACUACUUUUGUAAAAUGCAAUCCUAAAUCUACUUGUUGUUUCCUGUUUCUUACAAAGAGCUUAAAGACUUUUUGUUACCUGGUAUUCCUUCCUCCUUGUGUCUAUGUGUUGAGAUGACUGAAAUGUUUUAUUUUCCAUACUUCUCUGAACUACAUUUCACUGCUAAGUCUUGCCAGGUGGCAAAGCUGCUAUGGGACAGAAGAAACUUGUGUACAUUUAAACAAAAGAGUGGAGAACACAGCUAUGUAUUUGUAAUUUGUACAUGGGUAAAUAUCUUUUUCUAUGAAUACGUAAUACAAUGUAUAUUAAACCCCUUGGUAUUAAACCACAAAUUGUGAUAUUUAA